AUGUCUCACUUGCGGCGAUUUUCGAUGCCUAGUAUUAGCGGUUACCAAGGUGCAACAAACUCAACCGGCAUCAACUCUCCCAACUGGCGUAUCCACGCGUGCGGUGUAGGAAGAAGUGUGGAGCCCCCAACACGUACUGGAGUCAUCAACGGUUCCAGUGAAAAUAUUGAACUUGCAGUAGCAACCUACCAACCGACAACAAUCAUCUCCAUCUCGGAGGAGCGCAACAACCCCGCCACCAGUCCCAUGAUCCCUGGAUUCCUUUCCCACAUUGAAAACCAUCUCGAUACAGCGGUCAUGCAGUCACGGGUUCUGCCCUACCUAGAGACCGUGGUUUUGAAGAUGGAAACGCUGGCUGACAUGCACUAUCUUAUAAUCAUCCUCGACACGCUCGGUGCUGUGAAAUCCCGCAAAUCCGUAUUCAAGAUUUCCUUCCCAGGCUUCUUCUGGUUCUCCGGAAUACUACACAAUAGAAAGGAGAAUCCGAUGCUAGCGUUCGCCACAACGCUCCCAAAUCUCAAGGAAAUGGCAAUCACCUUUCAUACGGCUGGUUUGACUGCCUCCAAGUACACUGAGCGUGAUCGUCUCUUGAUGGAGGACGACGGAUACCUAGAGAUGUCUAAGCAGCUCCGAGUGCUGCACCUGAGUGAGCUCAUCAACCGCUAUGGACUACAAGACCUUUUCCGGUGUAGGAGUCUUGAAGCGGUGCAUCUCGAAUGCAUCGAGAGCGAUAUCGUUGCUUACCAUGUUGGCGAGGAUGACCCUACUCGUCCUUUCUACGAACUUGUUCAGUACAUCCGGACGGUGUUCAAGGAUAGAUUCGACCAGAACGUUGCUGUCACUACUAGGUUUAUCUAG